GUUACUGCUACAUCAAGGGCCAGCACUGUUAUCACAGAGCGGGACACAGACACCCUCCAUGAAGGACCGUCUCCUGCAACAAUAAAAACACUCCAACUAUCCGAGAAGCAACCGGAAACACGAACCGGGCGUUUGGAGGUUCGCACGCGGGGACAUUUUCCCUCUGAAAUGUAGCCAGCAGCGCGUGCAUGUGUUGUGGUAUCGGCUCGGUCGCUGCAUGGCUCUUCACAGGGAUGCCAUGAAAAUCAGAACAGCCGACUGAGAGACCGCUGCUCCUCGCUAUCACAGACACGGCGGCGGCGGCGGCGGGAGAGGAGGUGAACGAUGGAUUCUGGUAGAAAGAUCCACUUUAGGUAGCGAUCACGAAGAUCCACGGAGAGCUGAACGUCUCUGUUGCACCGUGAAGUCGCCGCCGGAGCCGACUAAAAGAUGGAUUUCAGCCUGCUCCGGAAUAUCAUCAGCAGAUACUGUGUGGGGGAGGAGAUCUGGGUGGACAGUCGGACGGUGUACAUCGGGCAUAAAGAACCCCCUCCGGGAGCUGAGGCCUACAUCCCUCAGCGUUACCCCGACAACCGCAUCGUCUCCUCCAAGUACACCUUCUGGAACUUUGUACCUAAGAAUCUGUUUGAGCAGUUCAGAAGAAUCGCAAACUUCUACUUCUUGGUCAUAUUUCUGGUCCAGCUUAUCAUCGACACCCCCACCAGCCCAGUCACUAGCGGCCUGCCUCUCUUCUUUGUUAUCACUGUCACCGCCAUAAAACAGGGCUAUGAGGACUGGCUCAGGCACAAGGCUGACUGCUCUAUAAACGAGUGUCCAGUGGACGUGGUGCAGCGGGGGAAGGUGGUGAGGACGCAGAGUCACAAGCUACGGGUGGGGGACAUCGUCGUGGUGAGGGAGGAUGAGACUUUCCCCUGUGACCUCAUUCUGCUCUCGUCAAGCCGCCCUGACGGGACCUGCUAUGUCACCACCGCCAGCCUCGAUGGGGAGUCGAGUCACAAGACCUAUUAUGCUGUACCUGAUACCAUGGCCUUUAGAACGGAGCAGGAGGUGGACUCGCUACAUGCCACUAUUGAAUGUGAACAACCGCAGCCUGACCUCUACAAAUUUGUGGGACGCAUCAAUAUUUACAAGGACAAAGAGGAGCCUGUGGCUAGACCACUUGGGGCUGAAAACUUGCUCCUUAGAGGAGCGACACUGAAGAACACGCAACAUAUUUAUGCUGUUGCAGUCUACACUGGUAUGGAGACCAAAAUGGCGCUCAACUACCAGUCUAAAUCUCAGAAACGUUCAGCUGUAGAAAAGUCGAUGAAUGCCUUUCUCAUAGUGUAUCUGUGCAUCCUGAUCAGUAAAGCGGUGAUCAACACUGUUCUGAAAUAUGCCUGGCAGUGGUCUCCUGACCGGGACGAGCCAUGGUACAAUCACAGGACGGAGAACGAGCGGCAGAGACACGUGGUGAUCCGAGCAUUCACAGACUUCCUGGCCUUCAUGGUCUUGUUUAAUUACAUCAUUCCGGUGUCCAUGUACGUGACGGUGGAGAUGCAGAAAUUCCUCGGCUCAUAUUUCAUCACGUGGGACGAAGAAAUGUACGACGAGGAACUGGGAGAGGGAGCUCAGGUGAACACCUCUGACCUGAAUGAAGAGCUGGGACAGGUGGAGUAUGUGUUCACUGAUAAGACGGGCACUCUGACGGAGAACAACAUGGAGUUUAUUGAAUGCUGUGUCGAUGGGAACGUCUACAUCCCACAUGCCAUCUGCAACGGCCAAAUCCUCAGCGCUGCCUCCAGUAUAGACAUGAUUGAUUCUUCACCUGGAGGAUACAGAAGAGAACAUGAGGAUCUGUUUUUCCGGGCGCUGUGUCUAUGUCACACGGUGCAGGUGAAGGAGGAGGAGACGGUGGAUGGAAUCAAGAGGGGCAUCCACCAGGGCCGGCCCACCUCCUUCUACAUCUCCUCCUCGCCGGAUGAGGUGGCUUUGGUGGAAGGAAUGAAAAGGCUGGGCUACACCUAUCUGAGACUGAGAGACAACUACAUGGAGAUCCUCAACAAAGACGAUGAGAUUGAAAGGUUUGAGUUGCUCCAUGUGCUGAACUUCGACUCUGUCAGGAGGAGAAUGAGUGUCAUUGUCAAGUCAAGCUCAGGAGAAUACCUGCUGUUCUGUAAGGGGGCAGACUCGUCCAUUUUUCCUCGGGUGGUGUCAGGAAAGGUGGAGCAGGUGAAAGCUCGGGUGGAACAGAAUGCUGUUGAGGGGCUGCGGACUCUGUGUGUCGCGUAUCGACGGCUGUCAGAAUCCGAAUAUGAGGAGGUCUGUCAUCACCUGAACGAAGCCAAGCUGGCCCUGCAGGACAGGGAGCAGAGAUUGGCGCAGGCCUAUGACAUCAUCGAGAGGGAUUUUGUGCUUUUGGGCGCUACAGCGGUGGAGGACAGGCUCCAGGAGAAAGCUGCCGACACCAUCGAGUCGCUGCACAAGGCGGGGAUGAAAGUUUGGGUCCUGACGGGGGACAAAAUGGAGACGGCUGCUGCUACCUGCUAUGCCAGCAAGCUGUUUCGCCGUAGCACCCAGAUCCUGGAGCUGACCAAGAAACGUACAGAGGAACAGAGUCUGCAUGACGUUCUGUUUGAACUGAACCGGACUGUACUCAGACAGCGCUCCAUUUCUGGGUUGUCAGUAGACUGCCUUGAUUUUGGUCUAAUCAUUGACGGGGCCACACUGUCAGCUGUACUGAAGCCCAACCAGGAGGGCGCCGGGCCGGGAAACUACAGAGAGAUCUUUCUGGAAAUCUGUCGCAACUGUAGUGCUGUGCUGUGCUGUCGCAUGGCACCGCUGCAGAAAGCACAGAUUGUGAAGCUAAUUAAAGCCUCCAAGGAGCACCCCAUAACUCUCGCCAUCGGUGAUGGCGCCAAUGAUGUCAGCAUGAUCUUGGAGGCACACGUGGGCAUCGGCAUCAUGGGUAAAGAGGGCCGUCAGGCAGCAAGGAACAGCGACUACGCCAUCCCAAAGUUCAAACACCUGAAGAAGAUGCUCCUUGUUCACGGCCAUUAUUAUUACAUCCGAAUAGCUGAACUUGUUCAGUACUUCUUCUACAAGAAUGUAUGCUUCAUCUUCCCUCAGUUCCUCUAUCAGUUCUUCUGUGGCUUCUCCCAGCAGCCUCUGUACGACACCGCCUAUUUGACGUUGUACAACAUCAGCUUCACCUCACUCCCCAUCCUCCUGUAUAGCCUGGUUGAGCAGCACGUCACCAUGGAGACACUCAAGAGGGAGCCCGCCUUGUACAGGGACAUAGCAAAGAACUCCCUCCUCCGCUGGCCGGUCUUCCUGUACUGGACGUGCCUCGGUGUGUUUGACGCUGUAAUCUUCUUCUUUGGUGCCUACUUUCUGUUUGACAACACCACCUUCACCAGCAAUGGCCAGCUUAUGACCACCAACACACAGAUGAUGUUUGGGAACUGGACCUUCGGGACUCUCGUCUUCACUGUGCUGGUGUUCACCGUUACGCUAAAGCUUGCCUUGGACACACACCACUGGACCUGGAUCAAUCACUUUGUCAUCUGGGGGUCACUUCUUUUCUACGUUAUUUUUUCUCUUCUCUGGGGAGGCAUCAUUUGGCCCUUCCUGAACUACCAGAGGAUGUACUACGUGUUCAUGCAGAUGCUGUCGAGCGGCCCGGCCUGGCUCAGCAUCAUCCUGCUCAUUACGGUCAGCUUGCUGCCAGAUGUCAUUAAGAAGGUCCUCUGCAGGGCCGUCUGUCCAACAGCCACUGAACGUGCACAGGAUCAAGAGAAGCUGUCCCGGGGUGGCGUGGCCGAGCUGACUCCACUGUCCUCUCGUCGGUCCUUCAAAGGCACGAGCCCAGACUCCUCUCACCUCCACCUCAGCGCUGUGGAAAUGCUGUCGCUCCGCACGUCUGAUCCCCUUCCUCAGAAACUCCUCGCCCAUUUGGCGGAAGGAGGAGGGGCAGAUUUAUGCUCUCUCAGCCCGUACAUGGUCCGUCUCUCUGGGGCGGGGUUUGCCUACUAUGCUCCAGGGCCGGAGACCUCGGUGUGAAGAAAACAGACCCUGAAACUUUGUGGGCUGAAACAGAGAGCAAAAUACAUACAGCAUCAUCACCAUGUGCAUUUUCUGGGCCACACCCUGCGUGGAAACCCUUUAGAUAUAAUAGCACUGACACCUCAUGUUCACUUUGUUUUCAGUGUGGUCCACGUCUUUAGUUUCUGCUGAAACUCUUACUUGAAAAAGUAAUCAAACAAAAGGGGAUGGUGCAUCGUCUCAUGCACUGUGGAACUGUUUCAGCACGUCAACAGUCGAGCCUUUUUGUACUCUUUGUCCUCAUUUUCCGUCUCUCGUUCUUGCCUGUUCCUCCACUGUUUGUGUCCCUUUGUAAAAAAAAAAAAAAAAAAAAAAAAUGUUUGUCUAAGAACAUUUAUGUACAGUUCGUGGUCUGGCCAAGUAAGGGGCAGCCGUCGAAGCUCAGCCCUUUAGGUGUGCGUGCGAGUGCAUGAGCGAGAGUGUAUGCAUGAUAUUUGCCUGUUUCUGUAUGUUUGUAUGUGACACAACUUUGCCUUACAGGUAACCACACAGCAGCAGGCUAGGAGCCAAAGGAGAAAGGUGUUAUAAAAGAUAUAGUGGUGUAUUACAAAGCCUUACACUCACAGACACCCAUCAGCUAAAGGGAGAAGAAUCUAAAGAGGGAUGUGCAGUAUUCUAGCCGCCCUGCCUUAAUUCAUAAAUGCUCAUUUUUAGUGGACUCUACAAGGAGGAAAGAUUUUCAGACGUGUCUGGUACAGCGUGUCGAUUAUUCUUCUUCUUUCCCCUCAUGAUUGUGUCGACGUCUGUUUUUUCUUAUCUGCUCGUGUAGCAUGUCAUAUCUCUUUGCUGCAUGCUGAUCUGCUCCUCUUUCUGUUCUGUCUUUAUCCUCAGUCAUCAUUCAUCAGAAAAACCACACCAUGACACCUUUUCCUUUCUCCUCUAAUGACGAGCACAUUGUAUCCUUUGCUGCCCCUCUGUGGCCAUGCAGGGUAACAAAGGCAGUCUUUAUUUAUGGAUGCCCUUGCUUUUUGUCCUUUCUGUUUGCCUUGUGCGUCUGCUGCCAUGUUCUGUGUUAUGCAAAAAGUCAAUGUAAGAUUGUCAUGUCACAUUUUAAGACUUUUUUUCUGUGUUGCAUUAAUCCAUGUUCUAAAUUUAUUGAUGGCAGUCACUGUUGAUGUAUGGAUGUAAUUUAAAAGUUUUUAUAUAUAUUCUAAAGAGAAGGGUGUUACGUUAUUAUUAUUAUUAUUAUUGUUGUUACCAGAGUCAAGUAGGAGGGAAGCUUGAAUCGGCGAUGUCACAAUCAAAUCACUAGAAUGUCGAACUGAUUUGUCCAUGUCCAGCUGAUGAUUGUAGCUCAUUAUGGAUGAACGUCUUUUCUGCAUUUCUAACAUCUGAGGUCCAGUUUGUCCAAAGCAUAUCUGUGGUGUUGCACAGCAAGGGACUGACUUGGGAAGUCUUGAAUGUCUGAUUCUGAAGCAUUUUUUGUAUGUUUAUACAAUUUAUUUUCAUACUCUCACUCCCAUCUGCCAACAUGGAUAGAUUUAGUAACGGGUUUUCUUUUUCUAACUAGGGCACAGAUGAUUUCUAAGUUUGGUUAGAGGUCUGGAUUUCUCUAUUUUAGUUUCACACAAAGCCCUUUUACAAGUUUUUGGACUUGGGGGCUCAACGUCCUGACCUCAGUAGAUGAAUAGAGGAGCCUCGGUGCUUGUUAUGCAGUGUCCCACCUCACUGUGCUGUUGCCAUAGAUUUCUACCACAAUAAUGCUCUAUUUUGUUUUAAAAUACAUCGGAAGAUUCUAUAUAGUCACUACAUUUUGUCGCAUUUUGGUUUUCCAUUCAAAAUAUUUCUUUGCUACUUUUGUAUCCCAGAGAGAAGAUUAUAUUUUAACUCUGUUAGAAUGUGUGUUCAAUUUAUAACCAAAAUGAGAGCAACAUAAACAAUAUAUGAUUCACUAGAGAUUUACCAAUAGGACUACGCCACACUGCACUUUGUUCUACAACAGAUCCCCCUAAAACAAGGUCUAUUGUCCAUCGACCGGGGUUUAUACGUGUUCACUCUUCCUCACGUUAUUUUUCUAAGAAUGUAGUGGGUGAGAUUAAAAAAAAGUGACCAAAUAACUUGACUAGGAAUGGACUGUCUGUCUGUCUGUCUCAAAGUGGUUAAUCGCACCAGCCUUCAACUGCUGAUCAGAAUGUCAAACUUGCUUUUUCUAAGUCCAUCAGCAGGACAGCAGGUGCUCAUCCCGUCAUUCCUGAGCUUGGCAAAGGUCGGAGAAAAAAACGUUGACUUUUGUGCUCUGAGCAGCACGUUUCAUAUCAUACCUUCAGUACAGCACUGUUUGUAUUACUAAACAGGUUUUGAGAAUUUUUCUUUUUUUUUGUUUUUUGGAUAAAGAUUUUAAAAGUUCACCUAUUGACUUUUUGCCAGCCUGUCUGUAGCAAAUGAAGGCA